UGAAAAGAAAAACAUGGAAAACGGAGACGGACCAAGACAAAAGAGAUAAGUAGCGAGUCAAGAGCGUAGACUGUAACGACAGUGGAUGGCGGUCGUAGCCGUUCCUAGUGCUUCUAACUUAUUUAAAAAUCUUUGUCUCACUAUCUCUGUCUAAACUCUAAAGUCUUUCUCUUUUUAUUUUUGAGAAAAGUUAAAAGAAAAAAAAGGGAGAACAAAAAUGGAGAACAAUAACAUGGGAGAGUUGAAGUGCCGAAAUAGGAAGCAAGUUCAUUUGUUUUAUUGUAUGGAAUGUGAAGAACUUGCCCGUAAAGUUGCUACUCAUUCUGAAUUCAUUACCCUUCAAUCUAUCAACUGGAGGAAUUUUGAUGAUGGAUUUCCAAAUCUUUACAUAAACAAUGCACAUGAUAUCCGAGGCCAGCAUGUUGCCUUUCUUGCAUCCUUCAGCUCCCCAGCUGUUAUCUUUGAACAGCUUUCUGUCAUAUAUAAUCUUCCGCGAUUAUUUGUUGCUUCCUUCACAUUGGUGUUGCCAUUCUUUCCGACUGGCUCCUUUGAGAGAAUGGAAGAAGAAGGAGAUGUAGCAACUGCAUUUACUAUGGCAAGGAUUUUGUCAAAUAUUCCCAUAUCUAGGGGUGGUCCUACAAGUUUAGUCAUUUAUGACAUCCAUGCUCUGCAGGAAAGAUUUUAUUUUGGAGAUCAUGUGUUGCCGUUAUUUGAAACUGGGAUUCCUCUUCUAAAGCAACGUCUUCACCAGCUUCCUGAUGCUAAUAAGAUAGUUGUUGCGUUUCCGGAUGAUGGAGCUUGGAAACGAUUUCACAAGCUGUUGGAUAAUUUUCCAACGGUUAUCUGCACCAAGGCUCGUGAGGGUGACAAGAGGAGAGUUCAACUCAAGGAGGGAAAUCCUGCUGAUUGUCAUGUCGUGAUAGUUGACGACUUAGUGCAAUCUGGAGGCACUCUUAUUGAAUGCCAGAAAGUUUUGGUAGCUAAUGGUGCGGCAAAGGUGAGUGCAUAUGUGACUCAUGGUGUUUUUCCUAAGCGUUCGUGGGAGCGAUUUACGCAAAAGAAUGAAGGAUCAGAGAAGGGAUUUGCCUUCUUUUGGAUCACUGAUUCAUGCCCUCACACUGUUAAAGCCAUAGGAAACACAGCUCCUUUCGAAGUUCUGAGUCUUGCAGGAUCAAUUGCUGAUUCUCUACAAAUUUAACCGAAUAUUCCCAUUUCCAAGCUGCUUCGUAUCAAUUUUUUUUUUCAGUCCAUUUGGAAGUCCGAUCAGAGGGAUUCUCAGUGCACCAGAAGGUGCAUUUUAUGGCUGGACCCCUAAUGCUCUCCGCCUAUUCAAUGUAUUUGGACCAUCAAGAUGUUAUUAAACUCAUUAGCUUUAAUUAAUUCAGUGAUAAAAUAA